AUGAGCUCCAGCGGGCCUUCCUCCGGUUCCAAAUACGACCGACAAACCACCACGCCGUUCCUACUGAAGCUCUUCUACCGCACCAACAGUUUCCACCGCCUUGAAGAGUUUUCGCCUUACGCUUCCUCGCCGCCUCCGCAUCUCCAAAUCUACACUUGGCCUACCUGCACGCUGCGCGAGCUGACACAUCUGCUAGUGUCCGCUUUGCCUUCUGUUGUGCCCUCACCCGCUAUCGGCACGCGCUUGGCCUUCAAGCUGAUAUUCCCAGAUGCGCGCGAUGCUGCGAGCGGCCGCGACAAUGGACCCGCUCGAUAUGUGAGCAAGGAUCUGGGCAGCGUGGUCAUCGGUGCUGGCGGACCAGGCGUAGAUGACGAAGCCAACGGUCGCAGCGAACUCGACAGACUGGAAGGCGACGCAGACAAGACACUGCAUGCCGCGCGCUUCAUCAUUGGCGAUUAUGUCUCAUGCGCCAUCUUCCCACCUUUGUCUGAUGGUAGCGUGGCCCCACCGCCGCCGCGCGAGCGCUAUUCGCGUGCCGGCGAGUUUGGCAUGUCGAGAGGAGGUGGGGGACCACCACGUGAAAAUGGCUACGGUGGCGGCUACGGGAGAAGGGGUGGUGGCAGGUACGAUGGCCCUGGCCGACUCGGAAGCGGAGGGGUUCCAUCUGGUGAAUGGAGAAGAGGAGAGGUACCCAGCGGCGGCCCUGGCGGUUAUGGAAGAGGAAGAGGGCGUGGAAGGCCGUACUGA